GAGAGAAUAUAAGUACAUACAAACUGUAUUGCAAGGUCCUGAGAGCCCCAAAUGCAGCAACUGCAUCCUACACGGUACUGACUCCUAUCACAGUCACGACGCUCAAUUGCUACAUAUAGCCAGCAAACAACUAAAGUCAGAGUGGAUCUCACCGGACGCAUGCGCCUUUACAAACGCAGAGGGAGGUGGGGCUUGAAGUAAACUGACAAAGGGCUCGACCUCUCAACUUUCUAGCUCCACCCUCCUAUCCUGCCUCCUUCUCCUGAGUGGCCGAAGGCUGAGAAAGCAAACUUCCUAUUGGCUGAGGGCGGGAUCGACAUCCGGUUUGCAUGUCAGGCCUGCUGGCGCAAAGGCAGCCAUGGUGCGGUUCAAGCAUAGGUAAGCAGCCCCUUCCAGAACCCCCCGUUUUCUGCCUGGUCUUCGAGGCCCCGGCUCGCGCUCACUUCCCUCUCGCUUGCCUCAGGUACCUGCUCUGCGAACUGGUAUCUGACGACGCGCGCUGCCGCCUGAGUCUGGAGGACCGAGUGCUGAGCGGCCUCGUUCGGGACACGAUCGCCCGGGUGCACGGGACUUUCGGCGCGGCCGCCUGCUCGAUCGGUUUCGCAGUUCGAUACCUCAAUGCCUAUACCGGAAUAGUGCUACUUCGAUGCCGAAAAGAAUUCUACCAGCUUGUGUGGUCAGCAAUUCCCUUCAUCACAUACUUGGAGAUCAAAGGACACCGUUACCCUUGUUUGUUCAACACAUUACAUGUGGGAGGUACAAUUAGAACAUGUCAGAAGUUCCUGAUUCAGUACAACAGGAGACAGCUAUUGAUCUUGUUGCAGAACUGCACUGAUGAAGGAGAGCGAGAAGCUAUCCAGAAGUCUGUAAUGAGAAGCUGCUUACUAGAGGAGGAAUCAGGUGAGGAGGAGGAGCUUUCAGAUAGCGGUGGUGAGGAGGCUGCUGAAGCAAUGGAGUGAACUUCUGCAUACCACACAGCAGGCUGCAGUGUGCCCAAGCCUUGGGCCCACUUGGAACAGGACAUUCUGAGAGGCAGGAGCAUCUUCUACAAUUCUCCAAACUGGAUGACCACCAACAAAUUACCAACCUGAAAUGGAGGACUGACUUAAAACAAACCGAAAUCACCUUUACCUGGUGUUCCCUGUUGAAGUGGGUCUACAGGUUGUGAAUGCUCUGUAGUUAUAGACAUCUUUGUAUCUAAUUGCUUAGAUGAGAAUAGGUUUAAUAAAUUAUUUCUUCUUUAGCAUUUA